AUGAGCUCCGUCGCGUCGACAUCGUCAUCGGCGUUCUCCAGCCCUGCGAGAACGUCAGCGACUAGUCGCUCAGUGACACCGGAGCAGCCUCGCAAGAAGAAAUGGGCACCCAAAAGCAAAACAGGAUGUUUGACUUGUCGCGCGCGCAGGGUCAAGUGCGAUGAAGCCAAGCCCGCUUGCAACAAGUGCGUCUCAGGUCGACGGACGUGCCAGGGCUAUGAGGACCCUUUCGUGGCGUCUAACACGCAGCGCCCUGCCAAGAAGGAAGGAACGGCGACUGGUCGGCGCAAACCCUCGGAUGCGCUCAAAGAGCGUCAGAUAUGCCCUGCCUCGCGGCAGUCGUCCGUCAAGGCAGCCAAUCCAUUUCGGGUGCAGACCCUGGAGCCUUUUGAGUGCGACUUUGCGCAAUGCGCCAAAUACUAUUAUGAGGUUGUCCAUCCUGUCGCAUUCAGCAACAUUGACAACGACAAGCAUGCCAAGAUGGCGGUAGUCUGCAUCCAGAAUAUUAACCGGCCUCGUUUCAUUAUACACGCCACGGCCGAGUACCUUAACCGUCUGUCGCGGGCGCACAGCGCGCUGCCCAAUCCGUCUGCACUCCCGGCGGCGCGGAAUCAGUGGAACAAGUUCCAUCAAUAUGCCUUGGAGGUCCUGCAAGAUGUCAACUGCAACAUUGAACUGCAGAAUCCGACGCCGCUUAGUAUGUCUACUGUGUUGGUGCGAAUAUUCUCUCUCAUCAAUGCUGAGUUGUACACCCUGGGUCCCUCUUGGCGCGCUCACAUCAUUGGCUUUCUUGCCUUUAUAAAAAUGAAAUGGAAGCUGGGGACUAUUUUGAAAACUGGGUUGACCGUAACCUCAACCACAUGGGUGAUAACCAACGCCGUCAUCGUCAACACAACAAGCCCACCGGAUCACCAAAUUAUGCCCAUCUACGACUUUUCACUCGAAGAAAUAGAGGCAGUCUUUAGUCGCCAAUUCUACAGCGAGUUACCCUGCCCAAGCGCCCUCUUCCUCUGCAUGCACCGCAUCAGCAAGUUACGAAUGAGACUCGCCAGCGGAGAGUCGAGGACCGUCAUUCAACCUCUUGGCCAGGCUAUUCUCGAUGAAAUCGAAACUUUUAGCGUGAAAACCUGGACAGAACCAUAUGGCGUGCCCGACAAACCUGUCAUCCCCGUCCUCGCGCGGGCGUACCGUGCUGCCGUGCGGCUGUACGCCAUCAUGACCCUACCGGCGUGCGUGUCGGCCGCGACGAGCAAGACGUACAGCAAGACACCAGCGCGCGACGAGCUCAUGUCGCUCAUACGCGAGGCACUGCCGCUGCUGGAAGCCAAAUUGGCUCUGCAUUGGUGCCUGCCCGUCGCCGGCGUCGCGUUGGCGGACGGACCGGCCGAGGACCAGGAGCUCAUCGAGUACAUAUUCAUGGGGUUGAAACAAGACAUGGAGUUCUACCUCCCUUUUCACAUUAGAGAUACACUGAAGCGCUUUUGGGCAUCGGGUUCUACGGCAUGGGACGACUGCUGGACGGAACCCUUUCCACCGCUUUGUUAA